UUGCAUAAGUUUUUAAAAGUUUCAACUCUUGAGUCAUCUAUAAAUAGAUAGCUUUAAAGCGCUUAUAAAACGUUCGAACAUUUGAUGCAAACAUUGAAUCAGUGUUUGUAUUGUUCGACAAAAACAUUGAUUUUAAGUGAUUGUUGUGUUUUGUGUCGUCAAAGAAGAUAACUAUCACUCAAUUGAUCCUAAAGUCACCACAACUGACACAAAAUGGUUCGACAAAAACAAGCGGAACCCGAGUUUCGAAUUAAGCCGAGAUCACAAAUGGCCAAAAAGAGUACGUCGGGAGUGCCGCGCGACCAACUGUAUUGGCAAUCAACUAGUGGUCAACACGUGUCCACUCACACACCGAAUCAAGAAGUGGACAAUGAGUCGACAGAUUCAUCGGCCACUCGAAGGUCAUCACAGUUUGCAAUCGAGGCGUCCGAUCGAUUGAAUCGCAUUUUACAAACAAAGACUGGAAAGACAGGAAAAGGACACAAAAGUACUGGCGGUGGACAACAAGUCAAGAGACGGCCGUACAGACACAGACCCGGAACUAUUGCUCUCAGAGAAAUCAGAAGAUACCAGAAGACAUGCGAACUGCUAAUCCCAAGACUUCCAUUUCAACGAUUGAUCCGUGAGAUCGCCGGCCAAAUCCGCGACAAUCUAUUGUUUCAAACGGCGGCGCUUUCGGCACUUCAAGAGGCAGCCGAAGCAUAUCUGGUCGGACUGUUUGAAGACACAAAUCUGUGCGCAAUUCACGCCCGAAGAGUGACAAUAAUGCCCAGAGAUAUACAACUUUCGCGAAGAAUUAGAGGAGAGAGAAGUUAAGACUGGAUUUGAUUGUCUCUUAUUUAAGCAUUUGUUUAACUUUCUUAUAAAGUUAUUAUUAUUAUUAUUAUUAUUACUAUUAUUAUUAUUAU